UAUAUAAAGGCAGUCAUCCAGAUGUGGCAAGGGUAUUGAAUAACGUUGCAUACAGUUAUGACAAUCUAGGAGAUGCACGAAAAGGAUUAGAAUGUAGACUACAAGCACUGGAAAUGUGUCGAGAUGUAUAUAAAGGCAGUCAUCCAGAUGUGGCAAAAGUACUGGAUAACGUUGGAUACAGUUAUGACAAACUAGGAGAUGCACGAAAAGCGUUAGAAUACAGACUACAAGCACUGGAAAUGUGUCGAGAUGUAUAUAAAGUCAGUCAUCCAGAUGUGGCAAGGGUAUUGAAUAACGUUGGAGACAGUUAUGACAAACUAGGAGAUGCACGAAAAGCGUUAGAAUACAGACUGCAAGCAAAGGAAAUGUAUCGAGAUUUAUAUAAAGUCAGUCAUCCAGAUCUGGCAAGAUUAUUGGACAACGUUGGAGGCAGUUAUGAUAAGUUGGAAAGUGCACAAAGAGGAUUAAAGUUCGAUGCGGAAGGAAUCGAAAUAUGUCAAAAUUUAUCUAAACUGAGUCAUCCGGAUGUUGGAAGAUCUUCGAAUGACAUGGUGUGUAGUUACGAUGCAGUGAAAGAAGCACAGCAAGAAUUAGAGUAUGGAGUAGAAGAAUCAGGCUUGUAUGGAGAUUUAAAUUCAGGUAGUCAUCCAGUUUUUGCAGGUUCAUUGAUUAAUGUUGGAUAA